AAAUACAAUGUUCUUUGAUAAAAUGACUGUUCGUCCUUCUAAAGAUUUAAAAGAUGAAGUAGAAAGAGCAAUGGUGAAUGAAAAUCUGGAUAAAGAACUGAUGAAAGUAUUCAACACUUGUGGACAUUUCUUACCCAGAAAAAUAGUUAUAGGGCACAAAUUAUAUAGAAAGUCUAACUUAUUAGCGAAUCAUGAAAAUAAUAAUCAGAUUGCAAUUAUUCAACAAGCAGAAUGGAAAAAUACUGAAUGA